AUGGCGGGUGAGAAGAUGGCUAAAUGUGAACCCUGCGAAAGAAGUUAUGAUAACAUGGUAAAAAUGCUUGAAGAUUUGAACAGGGAUUUGGAAAAACUUCUGGAAGACAUGGAAAAAUUAUCAGUGCAGGCUACUUGGAUGGCUUAUGAUAUGGUGGUAAUGCGUGCUAAUCCAGACUUGGCCAAUUCAAUGAGACGUCUGGAAGAUGCCUUUCUCACUUGUAAGGAAGAAAUGGAGAAAAACUGGCAAGAAAUGUUGAAGGAGACUAAAAGUGCUGAACCAAAACAAUAA